GUUGCAUCGCUGGCAUCGCAGCUUGAAGGCGUCAAGACGAUCUAAACGUGAUCGCGCUUCUUUAGUGCGUUCGACGUGAGCCGAAGAAUUAACACCAUGGGUCAAAUUACGAAGCUGUGCUCUUUUGUUGCUAGUGUGCAAACAGUGAUCCACGGAUGGCACGAAAGUGGGAUCCAAGGUUUGAGGAUAUGAAGAAAUAAUUUUGAACUGAGAAUCAGAGGUCAUGCCACCGGGCGGCUGAAGCAGUUUUCGCGUUACGAUACUACAGAAGGCCGUCAUCAUCCGCUGCGCGAAAGAUUGAACGCGCCUUGGUUGAAAUCAAGGUUUCGUUGAACUGGAAAUCAUGAAAAUGCGACGAAAAAUGUCCGUCGCACGGAGGCCUUUCAGGAGUGAUUGUUCUAUUUUGCAUAUCUGCACGCCUCGCAGGAAAUUUAUGCAACAACUGUGACAUGAGGUUGCUUGCUGUGACUGUGUGGGCAUUCGUUUGUGUGACACUGCUGGGAGUUUUAGCGUACAGUAUGCUGCUGUGGAGUCAGUAUUGGAGGUGGGCUACUCCGCGCAACACCGGAGUGCGAGCGGCGGCACCACGAAGGCGGUUGCACUUAUCCAGAGGAUACAGCAACGCUUCGAUGGGUGGUGGUGUACUACAGCCUCAUAGAAUGGCUCCAUUGCCUAAGGACAAGCUUUUCGCCAAGGUGGAGGCGUACCGGGUGCAGCUGGAGCGCCAGCUACGUCGCGCCCAGUGGGACAGCGUGCGUCCCGUGGGCGCCGGGGGCCGGCCGGUGUCGGACCGCUACGGGGUGCGGCCCAGCAGACGCAAGCCGGCCCACUUCGCGCCGCCCGACCAGCUACUGGCCAGAGCCAAAGUUCUGCGCAUGAGCAUGCUGACCAGGGACACGGAGCCGUUUAAGCGGAUGGGUUACAGCCAGUACUUCCCUGCCACUGACUUCUACGCGAGCCAAUUCAACUCCUGCGCUCUGGUCUCCAGCGCGGGAUCUAUGCUCGGCUCCAAGCUUGGACCGGAGAUCGACGGGCACGAGACCGUGCUGCGCUUCAACGACGCACCCACGGCGGGUUUUGAGGGUGACGUGGGGGCACGCACCACGAUGCGGCUGCUCAACUCGCAAGUGCUGGCGCGCCCCGAGUUCGACUUCUUCAACUCGGCUCUGUACCGGAACGUGACCCUGGUCGUCUGGGACCCGUCGCGUGACCGUCAGCCGCUCGACAAGUGGGUGGAGCACCCAGAGUUCGACCUGUUCCCAGCAUACUGGCUGCGUCGCGAGGUGCUUCCGGACGAGCCUUUCUACCUGCUGCACCCGGACUCGGUCUGGGAAGCCUGGCACUUCCUGGACAGCGAGAACCCGGGGCCGGUGCUCAGGAACCCGCCGUCCAGCGGAUUUCUUGGGCUUCUUAUGCUGCUCAAACAAUGCCGUCACGUGGACGCCUACGAGCUUGUUCCCUCGAUGCGGCUGACCAAGCGCUGCCACUACUACGAGGUGCACGAGGACCUGGGCUGCACCCUAGGGGACUGGCACCCGCUGGCCGCCGAGAAGCUGCUCGCGCUGCACCUCGCCUCAUCCUCGGUGCACGCCCUCGAGCAGGCGUUUGCCCGAGGAACGCUGCCGCUCAGCACGCGCGACGGCGUGGCACACGGGGGCUGAGCACGCAAGAGCGAGACGCUGUUGUGUCACUCUCGAUGAUCGUGGAGUUAGCUCUGCACGCAGUGUGCGCGAAUGCCGAGAGUUCACCGGCUCACCCAACUGUCUAUUAUCAUCCUUGUUCAACAAGAAGAUACCGUCUACCAUAGAGUUUUCUACAAUAAUUAGUAGAGGGAAUGCUCGCGCUGUAAUCGUUCAGCCACCAUGAGAAUGUUGGGUAGUAUACGCGGAUCUGUCUGAUCGUCGUGCUCGUGGUUUGAGACGCCCUUGUGGCUUUGUUCAUUACGCUUUAUCUUCCUUCACUGCCCCAAAAUAUCAGAGCAAUCUAUACUUUUCCAAGUGCAGAAGACUCUGCGAACACGCACGAUCGCUUCUAAUUGCAGCGGUUCAGCCUGUCGAGGUGGCCAAAUCGAAACGCGCCGAGCUUCUCGACGCUCUGGCUUUAUUACACAGCACUUAGUGGAAAAUGACGAGUUUACAAUGUCGCGAAGCAGUCUGAAGCCAGAAGGACGAAUUUUAGGCAAUUCCAUGUACUGCCCAUGCUUGCUGCAGACCGCCCCGCUUGCAGCUUCCGUGGACACUAGCGCCAGCGUUCCCUAUAGUAUAUUUAUUGUACGAAACUCUAUGCUAUCGACCCAACCGCUUACAUUUUUUUUUUUUUUUUUUGGGGGGGGGGGGGGGGUACUGAGCCUGACUAGACUGAGUUGUGGUCAGGGAUGAUCUAUGUAUACACAUGCAGUUGGGGUUCGUUGGUGAAGCAUCUCAAGAAGCGAACAGCGCAAACGCAGAGGGAAUUAAGGCACACACAGUUGCCCAAGAGCAUGAAGACGAACCCAGCGGAAGCAAACACUAGCGGUAGCAUAUGUCGACUCAUCGAUGAAGUGUCGCAAGCUGGUUUUCUCAGAAGCCACACGUCAUGUCUGACCUCUCUCAUCGGAUGCAAGAACCGCGCUUAUUCAAUCUACAUUACUGAAAUGGUGCCUAGCCUAUCAAAGCUAUGGAACGCGUACUUUUAGGAAAGGACCAGCUUUUAUAUGUAGCGUAUGAGCAUACGGACAGCGUUAAUUUAAAGCCAAAUUACUUUAAUAUGUGGCUUUUGUCUCCUUAAACUGGCGGCAUUGUUGUGGGGAUGCGUGAGCUGCUGAAGUACAUAGGCGAAAGAAACAUCCUGACACGUACGGUUGCGACCACUUCUGGCUAAUUUACAUGCUUUGGGGGAUGUUUAUACAUUACCGCAACUCCAUCAACUUCGUCUAGCUUGCUUCAUAUCGCGCUACGAAGUCAACAGCCUUGGUGAGCCUAUUGACUACGACCACUAAUGUCAUUAAUUUGAAACAUGCACUUUGAGGUUACUGUACAGUCACACCUGUGUCCUUCCUUACACAGUCUAAUGUAAUUUCACACUGUGCUCAAUGUACACUUAUGGGCAGUGUAUGUUCAUCUAAGUUGGCUCAUAAUUGUUAAGGACUUAAAGAAACAGAGCAAGCGAGCAUACCUGUGUUGUGCCGCUGCGUAUUGUUCAAGUUUGACCACGCCUUCAGGCAACAAUUACUGCCCUCGAACCACAUUAAAGAAAACACGCUAAGAAUGAAAAAGGAAAUGAAGAUGAAAUAUUAGUGGCUAAAGUUUGAUGUGGCUAUUCUUCCUUUAUCACAGGCUCGAUAAAUAUCUUAUUCUCGAGACAAAUGUGUUAUGUAAUUAGCGUCGUUACUGUAAAACUAAAGGUAUAGUUGCAUUCUAUUUAGGCAGAAAAGGUUGCUGCACAGCUUAUCAAAGCUGGCGAAAAAUCAAACAUUUUUUUAUCGAUUUCGUAAGUAUCAGUGCCUUCUCUCCAACCACUAGCUCUGGUGAACUGUCUGAUGGUGCCCUACGUCGGCCUAAUCGAAACCAACAGCAUUAACAGCAUACAGCACUUAAUGUAGAAAAUGUAUUUCUACCGUGAUGUGUGAAUGCGGUCACGAUUCACAAUUGGCGUUCACAUUCUCCACCUUGGGUCUUCGAAACUUCGCAACAGGCUCCGCACAGGUACGUACGUAUUUUCGACUUUGUACAUCGCAAGCAUGUAACACUGACAGUAGCACACUCGCUUUGUGUGGAAGAAACUCGGAGUUCCAUCCGGAGAACCGGCGAUGAGCAUAUCACUUUUUGCGAGGGCAUAACAGAGAAUUUAUACGUGUGGUGAUUGAUUAAUCAGCGGAGCUGUUUAUCUGUCUGUCGUCCACAGAAAAUGUGGGCCGAUCCUAGCGGUAAUGCAGAAAGGGUCCAAGCGCAAUGGCACAUACCCCUGUGAACUAGCGAAGCUGAGCCUAUCUAAGUCUAGCUAAACAUGGUUGGGACUACUUAAGCUUAGUAAGUCAUCGAUAGCCAAUCGAUAGUCAAUCAUAGCUAAUCGAUAAUUUAUCAAUAAUCAAUAAAUGCCGGAAAAUGCAGGGGAUGACUUGGUAGUGCUUAGCCUAGCCCAAAUACGUGGCUAAUACCUUGCGAUAGCCAAUCUAUCGCCAAUCAAUAGCUAAUAGAUAAUCGACAUAUAAUCAUUAAAUUCCGGGGAAUGCUGGGGAUGACCUGGUAGUGCUUAGCCUAGCCCAAAUACGUGGCCAAUACCUUGCGAUAGCCAAUCAAUAGCCAAUAAAUAGCUAAUCAAUAAUCAACAAAUAAUCAAUAAAUUCCGGGAAAUGCUGGGGAUGACUUGGUAGUGCUUAGCUUAGCCCAAAAGCCAGGGCUAGCUAGGUUCCCAUCAGCUCCGCUGUCUAUUUAGCAUUGCGCCUCCAGUGCAAGCUACGCUAAUUUUUUUUAACAGGGGCAACACAUCUAAAAAGUUGGCCACCUAGUACCGGCGAUCAUCAUCAUCUUUAAUGUUUACUGACAUUCGACGAAGAUAUUUCCCACCGAUCUACAUCUAUCGUUUCUUACGUCAGCUAAGUACAGGCUGUCCCUACAAAUUUAUUAAGGUCGUUAUAGUUCUGUAUCCAUUGUUAUUGCACCAUACAUCGGCUAUCUUCUUUACAGGAUUUACUGAACUGCACUUCUUGUUUUUGUGUCAAUGAAGAGGCGGAGGACGGAAGGUGGAAAGGAAAAGUAGGGAAGUCAACCACACACGUGUCCGGUUUGCAACCCGCAGGGGGAAGGAAAUAAAAUGAAGAAUGGAGAUGGAGGAAUGCAUUAGCAGUGCACGCUGAUGCCAGUCAGUUUCAGAAACUGCAGUAAUGCCCGUGUUGCUUUGUGAACCUGCAACAUAUGAUGCCAGUGUCCAAUAUUCUUUGUCUCUGAAAAUGGUCAUACACAUUACAGCCGCGUACAAUGCGCCACUUGUCACAUUCACGUAAACGUGGCUGUGGGUGGGCUCCGCGCUCCCCCCCCCCC